AUGCGAAUCUUUACUGUUUUUAUCAAUGUUCUAUUUCUUGUUAACUAUAUUUCUUCGGAUAAUAUUUUAUUGACAAGAAAACUUAUUACUAAUCUAUCAUCUAAUUCAGAAGAAUGUACUAAUACAAGUCAAUGUUUAUCGUCGAACGAAUGUACUACAUGUGAAAAUAAUCGUGGACCAGAUUGUGAUCAAGUAACUUGUAUCAAUGGUAAAUGUAAUAUAAUUAAACAAUGUUCUCAAGAAAUUUUAUCUACUACUACAACAAAAACAUCUUCCAUUAGCAAUCAAUGCAAAGGAACGGAUGCAAGUGUUUGCAUUUUCGAUAAAUUGUGUACAUUUUGUUUACGAGGUUAUAGUCCAACUUGUGCGGAAGCUAUAUGUGUUAAUGAUCAAUGUAAAAUAAUCUCACCGUGUUCAAUAUAUACAUCUAUGACACAACCUUCUAGACUUUCUAAUGAAUGUAAAAAUGAUGAUGAAUGUCCUUACUCUAAAAUCUGUGCUGAUGAAUGUGAAAAUGGUACACGUCCUUUAUGUGCUACAAGAAAAUGUGUUAAUAAUGUAUGUCAAAUUAUUUUACCAUGUUCGCAACAGAUCUGUACAACACGAGCUACAUGUCCAUAUAAUGAACGAAAUUGUUCGAUUUGUCCAAAAGGUUAUGAACCGAUAUGUGAACAAAGUGUUUGUUCAUAUGGAGUUUGUUCAAUAGUACCACCAUGUUCCAAGAUAAAUUAA